CAAAAUCUCUCCCUCCCACCUUAACAAAGCCUUGGGAAGCCUUAAGCAAGAAGUCUUUUCAUGCCUUUGUAAUUUUGCAGGUAAAAAGGGCAAGCAUUUUCCUCACCUUCAGGGACCUGCCUUCUCCUUCUCGUGCUUCUGCAGGCAAACACAUCAUGCUGUUCCUCUUUUCAGGUUCCACAUUCCAAGAACUGAGCUGUGUAACAUCCCAAAUCUUCCCCAAACUCAAUGGCCAGGCUGCUGCAAGCUCCACCCAAGUUUCACCCUUCAGAAUGGGACCUUGCAAACCAGAUGCAGCGUGCCAGCACCGAGUCUCAGAAGUGCAGGUCCGAGCGCACCGUCGCUGAGAGUCAGAGGCUGCUGGAUGAAAUAGAAAAGACAACUCAGAAAACCCAGAGUGAUGUCAACAAGAAAAUAGAACAGAGGCAGAAAGAAAUAAAGUUCUGGAAGCAAGAAUUAGAUAACAAACUCGAACAAAUUGUUCAGGAGACGGAGGUGCUGUUGACUUUCAAGACUAGGCUGGAGAAAUCCUUGGAGAGCUGCAAAGAGCCACUCAUGAUUGCCCAAAAGUGCCUCCUGAACAGGCAGAGGCGAACUGGGAUUGACUUGGUGCAUGAUGAAGUGGAACAGGAACUGGUGAAGGAAGUUGAACUCCUCCAGGAGGUUAUUGCUUUGCUUGGACGUACAUUGGAACAAACCAAUGAGCAAAUCAGACUAAACCGCUCAGAGAAAUACAGCCUGGAAAUGGAUCUGAAGGACAAGUUCACAGCUUUGAUGAUUGAUGAUUACUGUGCUAACCUGACAAACAACACUCCCAAUAUCAGCUCCUGUGACAGUGCAAUGAAAACAGAAGGAAAUUUUGUCAGCCCUGAAGACUGGGUGGAUUUCUCCAACGUAAAUGUUGAGAAGGCUGAGAAGCAGAGGAGCAAUUCCUUGGCACUGAGGGCACUGAUCGACAGCAUCCUCUCCCAGACAGCCAGCGACCUGCGCAAGCAGCGCGAGGCAGUGAACACUGCCUUGGCAAACAGGGUGCAGGAAGUCAAGGCUGCAAAGCACAAGCUGGAGACACUGCUUGCAGAGGUGCUGGAUGAGACUGCCUCACAGGAGAAGAACAUUGCAGCCUUGAGGAAAGCAAUUGCUGACAAAGAGGGACCUGCUAAAGUGGCUCACACCCGCCUGGAAGCGAGAAACCGCCGGCCCAACGUGGAGCUGUGCUACGACCCAGUGCAGCACAGGCUGACCAGGGAAGUCCAGGAGAUCACACAAAACGUUCAAAGAUUACAGGACACACUGGCAGAGGCUGAGACGGUGUUGAAAGGUCUGAGCCGCCGCCAGCUUUCCUUGGAGGAGGAGAUCCAGGUCAAGGAGAAUUCCCUGUACAUUGAUGAAGUGCUCUGCAUGCAAAUGAGAGAGUCUGUUUGCAUUAACAACUUCUGAAGGCAGCAUGUGGGAGCUGGUGUGUGCUGCAAAGAGCCAGCUCUUGCUGGAAUCUUACUGACAAACCUCCAGAGUUAAUUGGUUUGGCUCAAUGCUGACCUGGUUCUAGUUGUGCAAAGUAAUUAAAACCU